UUUUUAUAUAUUAUUAACACAUUUAUUAAAAAUAAAAAUAACAUGUAUAUAAUAUCAAUUAAUCUAUAUUUCUGACCACAAAUUUGCAUAUGUGUACUUGCGAUUUUCUUGCAUUUUACUGAGGAUAAACUUUUCUUUUUUUAAAUAAAUAGAUUUUUAUUGUCAUUGUAAUUCGAAUGAAAUCUAAAUAUAGCCCUUAUUCAUUUUUUGAUAAAGUGCACGAUUAACUUAAACGAUACACGUUAAAGUUAAAGGCAUAUUUUAAAUAUUAGAAUUUUUUAAACUUUAUUGCAAAUAACAAAAUAAGUCUUUCUUUCUUGCAUCAAAGUAGAGUUGAAUUUCUUGAUGUAAUUUUGCGCGAUAACACAAUUGUGUUUACACGUGUAAUUAUAUAAUUAUUAUACAACGUGUAGUUAUCUAAUUAAUAUUCAUAAGUCGUAAUAUUGUAGUGUCAAAUUAUACUCAAUUUGAGUCAUUUUUAACUAUUUCAUAGGUCGCCACUUGAUUAAUUUGACUAAAUAAAUAGGUUAUAUUUAAUGAUGUAUUCAGUAAGUACUUACUCAAUUAAUAUUAUAAUUAAUAGCCUUACUCAAUACAUCGUUAAUUGUAACCAUUUAUUUAGUCAAAUUAAUUAAAUAUUGAACAGGAACAUUGGCGACCUAUGAAAUAGUUAAAAAUGGAAUUAACAAUGCAUAUUUCGUAAUUUUCUUAUAUUUUAUAUCGUUGAUGAGUGAUAAAACGUGACCUUUUAACACUUAUUUAUUGUAUUUAAAAAAUGAUUUGUCAAUAAUAAUGUACGGACAUAUAAUGGUACUUUAAUAAACGUUACAUACACACACACACACACACACACACACGCGCGCGCGCGCGCGCAUAUGCAGAGCGAUUUUAAUGAUAACAUUUCAUCUUCUGCACGAGUAAAAUACAAAACAAGCAUUUUUGUACGUGGCGACAACAAAAAGAUAAGAAAGAAAACAAAAUCAGACUCGCUGACAUUAAUUAAACACAGUAUGUUAUACGUAGUUCAAGCAAGAAAAAAAACAAUUCCAAUUUUAAUUUAAAUAAUCAUAAUAUGCUGCACUCUGUAUGGACAAAUACAAAACGAAUAAAAUUAUAUUUAUGGAUACAUCAUAUUUUCGCAUAGAAAAUACUUCAAAUUUAUUUAAUUUUACCAGUAAUCGUGGCAUUUUGUAUACGCAGCUUUAGCAAAUAUUUAUAAUUUUGUAAUAUUCGGACAUACAUUCAGACAACAAUAUUUAUCCUUCAACAAUAAUAUCUUAAUCGACGAAUUGUAUGCGUGUGUGUGUGUGUGUGUCAUGAAGAAGGGAGGUAUGAUAUAUAAGUCAUAAUUUUUAAUUUAUUAUCUUCUUUUCAUCCCGAUAACUUUCUAAGCAAGCGAUGAAGGUUUACUUUUGUGCGAUUUUGUUGCUUAUGUAUGGUCUGGCUCACUUUGCUACGCAAGUACAAGGUAAAUGCUCUUAUGGAGGCUAUGUUUAUGACAGAGGUUUCACCACCAAUACUGACGGAGCGACAUGCUUUAUGGUGCAUUGUGAUGAAAACGAUAGAGUAGGUAUAACUAGGUGUCCUGAAAUGCAAAAUUGUCGAGUAGGUUUUCCACUUCGUAUAAUCAAGGAUUUCAAUAAACCAUUUCCACAUUGUUGUGAAAAACCUGUUUGUGCCGAUACAAUUCCAGCAGGUUUAGGAUUAGCUGCUUUAUAUUAAUAAAAUUUUCAAAAAUAGAAAAUAAUGAUAUAUUAUU